UAAAUAUUGAUUUGAACAGGAGCAACCUCCUUCCUCUUCACUGAGUACCAAUAUGUUGGAGUUUUCAUGGUGGCCUUUGCUGUCCUCAUCUUCCUCUUCCUCGGCUCUGUCGAGGGCUUCAGCACAAAGGGCCAGCCGUGCACCUACAGCAAGGACAAGACCUGCAAGCCUGCCCUUUUCAAUGCCAUCUUCAGCACAAUCGCCUUCUUGCUUGGUGCAAUCACCUCCGUCAUCUCCGGCUUCCUUGGGAUGAAGAUUGCUACAUAUGCCAAUGCGAGAACCACUCUGGAGGCAAGGAAAGGAGUAGGCAAAGCUUUCAUUACUGCUUUUAGAUCAGGUGCGGUGAUGGGCUUCUUGCUUGCUGCAAAUGGGCUCUUGGUUCUUUACAUCUCAAUUAACUUGUUUAAGUUGUAUUAUGGUGAUGAUUGGGAGGGUCUCUUUGAGGCUAUCACUGGUUAUGGGCUUGGUGGGUCUUCAAUGGCCCUUUUCGGGAGAGUUGGGGGAGGUAUUUAUACUAAAGCUGCUGAUGUUGGUGCUGAUCUUGUUGGUAAAGUUGAGAGGAACAUACCUGAGGAUGACCCCAGAAAUCCUGCUGUGAUUGCUGAUAAUGUUGGGGACAAUGUUGGGGAUAUAGCUGGGAUGGGUUCUGACCUGUUUGGUUCUUAUGCUGAGUCAUCCUGUGCUGCUCUCGUUGUUGCUUCGAUUUCUUCGUUUGGGAUCAAUCAUGACUUCACUGGAAUGUGCUACCCACUCCUUAUUAGCUCUAUGGGAAUCAUUGUCUGUUUGAUCACAACUCUAUUUGCUACUGAUUUCUUUGAGAUUAAGGCAGUGAAGGAGAUCGAGCCUGCACUGAAGAAGCAACUCAUAAUCUCCACUGUGCUGAUGACUCUUGGUAUUGCACUCGUCAGUUGGUUGGCACUUCCCUCUACCUUCACUAUCUUCAAUUUUGGUGUUCAGAAGCAAGUAAAGAACUGGGAGCUGUUCUUCUGUGUUGCAAUUGGUUUGUGGGCUGGGCUGGUUAUUGGCUUUGUCACUGAAUAUUACACUAGCAAUGCAUACAGCCCUGUGCAAGAUGUUGCUGAUUCCUGCAGAACAGGAGCUGCCACUAAUGUUAUCUUUGGGCUUGCCUUAGGAUACAAAUCCGUCAUAAUUCCAAUUUUUGCUAUUGCCAUCAGUAUUUUUGUUAGUUUUAGCUUGGCUGCUAUGUACGGUAUUGCAGUUGCUGCUCUUGGUAUGCUGAGCACCAUUGCCACUGGAUUGGCCAUUGAUGCCUAUGGACCAAUCAGUGACAAUGCUGGAGGGAUUGCUGAAAUGGCGGGGAUGAGCCAUAGGAUUCGUGAGAGAACCGAUGCUUUGGAUGCUGCAGGAAACACAACUGCUGCCAUUGGGAAGGGGUUCGCCAUUGGUUCAGCUGCCCUUGUGUCCCUUGCUCUCUUUGGUGCUUUUGUGAGCCGUGCAGCAAUCUCAACAGUCGAUGUUCUUACCCCAAAGGUCUUCAUUGGUUUAAUUGUUGGUGCUAUGCUUCCCUACUGGUUCUCGGCCAUGACCAUGAAGAGUGUCGGAAGUGCAGCUCUCAAGAUGGUCGAGGAAGUCCGAAGGCAGUUCAACACCAUCCCAGGUCUCAUGGAGGGCACUGGUAAGCCGGACUAUGCGACAUGUGUUAAGAUCUCAACAGAUGCAUCCAUCAAGGAGAUGAUACCUCCGGGUGCUCUCGUCAUGCUCACUCCUCUCAUUGUUGGGACUUUCUUUGGUGUUGAAACUCUCUCUGGAGUUCUUGCUGGCUCUCUUGUAUCUGGUGUUCAGAUUGCAAUCUCAGCAUCCAACACUGGGGGAGCUUGGGACAAUGCAAAGAAAUAUAUUGAGGCUGGUGCUUCUGAGCAUGCGAGGACCCUCGGGCCGAAAGGGUCAGACCCACACAAGGCCGCAGUUAUUGGGGACACUAUCGGUGACCCUCUUAAGGACACAUCUGGGCCGUCCCUCAACAUCCUUAUCAAGCUCAUGGCUGUCGAAUCCCUAGUUUUCGCUCCAUUCUUUGCAACUCACGGAGGACUCCUCUUUAAGAUCUUCUGAGAGAUGGGAAGAAAAUAAGCAAUUGGUUUGGUGUCUCAAUCUGUUAUGCUCAGUAUCCUUUUGAUCUGCAUUGAUAAAAUUCUCUCCUUUUUUUUGUGCUUAGUUCUGUAAGUUCAAGUGGUUUGUACCCUAGGGGUUGGGUUUCAGGCAAAGCAAUUUUUUCCAAGUGAUGGUAGGGUCGAUGAUGAUGAUAAAUGUUUGGUGAUGUGCUGGUUAUGACAAUGAUUACGAUUCAUAAAGAGUUUUAUAGGUCGUGUUGCGGGGUUUUGUGCUU